CCGGAUGUCCCUAUCUGUCACUUCCGGUGUUUGUUGACGGAAGUCAGUAAGUGGAGCGCCCAGACCUGGUAAGAGAGAGAGAGCGAGCUGCUCGAUGUCCCCUCUCCCAAUGUCUCCAUAGUGCCAGCACGCAGGGCUGUGUUAUAUGAUACACACGGAGACGCUGGCUGUUCUCUGGGAUCCAUUGAGCAGGCAGCAGGCGCUCUGAGUGUAGGGAGGGGGUCUCUGCCCAGUCUGUGUGAGCAUUGCAGUCCCCGCAGGGCUAUGUGUGUGGGCUGGUUUAGGACUGGGGUGGGCAUCCAAUAUCUGAAAUGCAAGGCUGCCCUGCUCACCCCUGGCACUAGGCAUUCAUUAGAAUGUGCUUGCUUUAUCCUGAGCCUCUGUCGUUACCUCCCCACCCCCUACAAACUUGGCUACACUUUCUUUGCAACUCUACAGUGUUACCCAUGUCUAGAUAGAAAUGUGCCCUGAUAAGACCUUACACAGUGGUUCCCAAACCAGGCCCAACACCUUAGAUACAACUGGGUAAUCUGUAAAUCCUGGACUGUCAGGGGGAGGCGAGGCAACCACUCACUGGUGUAAAUUACUUUCUAUGUUAUGAGACUUUACUCACUCUUCCUUUGCUGAGGGUUGAGCCCACAGCUGUGGGUGCCUUACCUUUUAGCAACUUUUUUGUGACAACCACGUAACCCUGCACACUUUAAUCUGUUGUUUCUGUCAUUUGUUUAUUUCCCCCUACUUUCACUUUCUUUUCCCCCCAUCUUGUUUUGCUUUAUAUUUCUUUUUCCUUUCAUAUAUAUAUUGCACAGCAUAAUUGACCAUGGUUUUGGUUUCGAAUCACUGUGGGGUUUAGUAACAUAUUUAUUUAUAAAAUAUUUUACCAGGAAAUAUACAUUGAGAUUUCUCUAGUUUUCAAGUAUGUCCUGGGUCCACAAAUCAUUGCAUUGUUACAUUAGGAUACAAUAAAAUACAAAAACAAUAUUAAUACACAAUAAAUACAAAUUUAACAUAGAACAGGUAGGAAAUAUAUAAUCAACCAUGACAGGUGCAUUCUGUUUUGAGGUAUGUAGAGAGGGAUCUCUUAUAGGACUUUAGGCUUAGGGAAGAUUUUAAAUUGUGCGGGAGGUCGUUCCACAAUUGCGGUGCUCUGGCCUCUUUCUUUUUGUAUUGAGGUAGACUAAGUAAAGUGUUGGUACUGGAUCGGAGCUUAUAGGAAGUGGGAACAGCUGGGGAAAGCAUUUUGUUCAGGUAGGGUGGGAAUGUUCCAGAAAAGCUCUUAAACACAAGGCUGGAAAGAUGAAGUGUGCGUCUGGAUUCCAGCGACAGCCAGUUUAGUUCUUUUAGCAUGUCACAAUGGUGGGUCCUGUAAUUACAUUGUAGCACAAAUCGGCAGAACGAGUUAUACAAUGUGUUGAGUUUAUUAAUGUGGGAUUGUGAUGCAGAUGCAUAUACUACAUCCCCAUAAUCAAUGAUUGGCAUCAGCAUUUGCUGUACAAUCUUUUCCUUUACUGUAGGCCUUAGGCAGGAUUUGUGUCUGUACAGGGCUCCUAGUUUUGGAUAAAGUUUAGAUGCAAGCUUUUCUAUGUGCAGGCCAAAUAUAGAUUGGGGUCUAAUAUCAUACCCAAGUAUUUGAAAGAGUGGACUCUGGUCAGUGUGCCAUUUGAAUUUGUUUUGAUGGAUAGGUGGAAAUUGUGUAAUUUGUGUAAUUUAGGUACUGUUCCAAAGAUCAUUGUGACAGUUUUGUCAGUGUUCAGCAAGAGUUUGUUUUUUGUGAUCCACUUUUCUACCUCUGUAAACUGGUCUUGGAGCACAGCCUCAAGUUGCGGUAAAUUGGAUUUGCUCGCAUAGAUUUCUGUGUCAUCUGCGUACAUGUGUACAUUUGAGGAUUAGCAGACAUUAGGCAGAUCAUUUAUAAAUAAUGUAAAUAGUAGGGGGCCGAGAAUGGAACCUUGGGGAACACCGCAAGUGAUUGGGAGAAGGGAGGGAGUCGCUGUCAGAAAUGGACACAUAUUGCGAGCGAUCUGAUACAUAUGAUCUAAACCGGGUUAGUGAACGAUCACCAAUACCUGAGUUUUUGAGUUUGUGCAGUAGAAUGUCGUGGUCUACUGUGUCAAAGGCCUUAGCAAAAUCAAGGAAAAUAGCUCCAGUUAGGGCUCCUUGUUCGAUCCCAGUUUGGAUGUCAUUGCAAACUUUUAAGAGGGCAGUUGUAGUGGAGUGAUUCUGGCGAAAGCCUGGUUGAUCAGGAGUCAGAUAGUUUAAUUGUUGGUAGUAUUCAAAAAUUUGCGUAUGGACACAUUUUUCUAAGAUUUUUGACAAUACCGGGAGCAAUGAUAUUGGGCGAUAGUUAGAAAUCAAAGUAGUGUCACCAAUUUUAUGGAUAGGCACUACUCUCGCAGUCUUCCAAAGUUUGGGUAUGUAUCCAGACACCAAGGAUACGUUAAUUAGAGUUGAGGCGGGUUUAGCAAUUGCCGGCCCACUGAGCUUCAACAGCAUUGCUGGGAUUUGAUCAGGUCCUGACUGGUUUUUCAUUUUUAGAUUAUUAAGAUGUUUUUUAAUGACACUAAUAGGUACAGGUCUAAAAAUGAAUUUGUCUAAAUUGGGCCUUUGCAAAUUUAGUGGGGCCUGAUCCACAUUUGUAGUUUCAGGAUGCGUGUCAUUUAUUAGCUUGGCAAUCAGGGCAGUAGAGCAUCCGACAAAAUAAUUGUUAAAGGCAUUUGCUACAUCUAAGGGAAGUUGCAGGGUUUGGUUACCCACUUUGACAGUGGAGGGUUGGGAGUGGAUUGGGGGAGUUUGUAGUUUAUUUAUGACUUUCCAAAAGUUUCUAGGGUUUGAGAUGUUAUUGUUCAGAUUUUCAUAGAAAUAUUGGACCUUGGCCAAUUUUGUCUGUUAUAUAUUUCUGAUAUUAUUUUUUUAGAAUCCUACCUUUUCGUGAAUAUCAUCUUUGGCACUUAAAAAUUUAUUGAUAAGGUAUUUGCUUUCACUCACUGUUAUAUCUAAAUAGGCAAGCUUUAGAUCUUGGCAAACAAAACAUUUCAUUGUCUGUUAUUUAAAAUUAGGGUAGUGAUCAAUCUUUUUGAAACCAUGCUAUUAUUUUGUAUAUUUUUAUUUUUUUUUAGCAGCGGCACUGUUGGGACAUCACAGAAAGUAAAAUUGUCUAGUCUGAUAAUUGACUUUCGUCAAACAUGGCUUACCAAUUGUAUAGGAAUACCACAUUAGGAAACAGUCUUCAGGAGAGUCUGGAUGAGCUAAUACAGGUAUUACACUCUUUCAUUUAUUUGUAAAUUUCAGAAUUUUAAUAAUCCUGCAGAUGAUAACUUAAGUGAGAACACAGGGUUUGACGAAUUUGUUUUUAAUCUACUAGCCAGCUAUAAAAUGUAGUAGCCAGGAUGUUUUUUGAACUAACAAAGCUUUAUCUUCAACGCUAAAAAUACAAUUCUUAUUUUUCAGUGUAAACCCUACCCUUUCAGAGCAUUUUUAAAAAUGGCAGGUACACUUUACAUUGCAUUGCUGCUUAGUAACAUCUCUAGUGAGAGUCACUGAGAUGGCCACUAUAGUUGCUUCCCACUCUAUGUUCAGCGUCUCCAUAUAUCCUGCAUAUACUACACUGAUAGAGUGGACAGGCAUCUCCUUUGGCAAUGCAAAUCUGGCGCUGAUCAUAUGCUAAGAGUUAAAAGUACAAAUGCUGUCAGCUUAUUUUACUGUUCAGUUGACUAUAUAAAACAAGAAUGUCAAGUGUGGGCAAAAAAAUGUUUAUUAAGUAAAUCGUUUGAUAUAUAUAUUUUUCUUCAGUCUCAACAGAUUAACCCUCAGCUUGCUCUUCAAGUACUUUUGCAGUUUGACAAAGCUAUUAAUUCUGCAUUGGCCCAGCGAGUCAGGAACAGAGUCAACUUCAGGGUAAGGAUUGAAUGUUUAAGAUGAAGAAGUUUUAUUAUAAAGUUUAAAUGUUAUAUUCUCAGAAUAUCUUUUAAAGGUUACCUGCCAUCAUACACACGCAUUUUUAAUUGAAUUGAAUUGAAAUGAAAAAAAAAAAGAUUUUAUGAAGAAAAAACAUCCAUCAAUCAACUGUUGGUAUAAGACCUGCAUGCAGUUCCCCUGUUUUUUGGCACAAAUAUUCUGACGGAGAUAUGCUGACAGUAAACUUAGCAUGUUGGUGUCAUUGUGGAGCAUUGCUUUACUUGGGAAAGUGUACCCAAGCAGGGCCAGUUUGCAAUCGCCAUCAUCUCUUAAAAUAAACAUAUAAUUCAUAAUCAUAUAUUCAGUGCCUUAGAGGACUGUUUGGUAGAUUUUUUUUUUUUUAAGACUUGUUUAAAAAAUUUUACUUUUUUUUUUUUACCGUUAAACCCUAACUAGCUGUAAGCAGCACUAACAGUAAAUUCCCCAUAACUCCCACCCACCCACCCACCCCAGCUCCCACCCAAAUUAAUUAAAUUAAGAAAAUGAACCCCCAGGGUUAAAAAAAAAAAAAAAGUUAACCCUUAGGGAUUUAAAUAAAAUCAGAUCACAGUAUAAUACUGUUAUCUGUAUUUUCAUCACUGUAGUCAGUGAUCUGAUGUCAGGAAAGGGGUUAUUUUUUUUAUUUAUUUAUUUGGUAAAGAGGGGGGUGGGAUUUUAAACUAACUUUAUUUGAUUAGUUUUUUACAGGGAGAAGAUUAUUAUGUUUAUAUAGCUCCAACAAAUUCCGCAUCGCUUACAGCGGGUGGACAAACAAACAUGUAGUUGUAACCAGACAAGUUGGACACACAAGAACAUAGGGGUUGAGGGCCCUGCUCAAUGAGCUUACAUGCUAGAGGGAUCACUGCUGAUCCGUCUCCUUGCACUUCACAUUGACCGUGGAAGCGCAGGCAGGCAGGCGGACCAGGAGUCGCUGCAACACGUGUGCUCACUCUGUCAGAGCAACCACAGCUGUAGGGACAGCGGGAUCGUGUGCUCCAGGUCUGCUUCUAAUACCGAGGCAGACCAGAGAAGCGUUAACCCCUCGAUCUAGGGUUAACUUUAGUAAAUUACUGAAAUUUUCCGUCAUUCGUCCUUAACGAUAGGGGUUAAUGUGUUGUCUACACUAAUCAGCCACAACAUUAAAACCAGUGACAGGUGAAGUAAAUAAAAUUUGAUCAUAUCACUACAGUGGCACCUGUCAAUGGGUAUAUUUUGCAGCAAGUAAACAGUCAGUUCUUGAAUUUCAUUUGUUGGAAUUAUGGAAAACAGGCAAGCAAAAAGAUCUAAAUGACUUUGACAAGAAGCCUGGGUCAGCGCAUCUACAAAUCAGCAAGACUUGAGUGGUGUUCCUGCUGUGUAGUGGUUAAUACCAACCAAAACUGGUGCAAGGAGAGACAACCCUUGAACUGGCAUCAUGGUCAUUGGCGAACAUGGGGAGUGAAUGGUAGCCCGUCUGGUUCAAUCACACAAAAGAGCUACUGUAGCUCAAAUUGCUCAAAAACUUAAUGCCGUCCAUGAUAGAAAGGUGUCAACAUACAGUGCAGUUUGUAGCGUAUACGACUGUUUGGCCACAGACCGGCCUGAAUGUUUAUGAUGACUCCUGUCCACCGCCAAAGGCUCCUUCAAUGGCUACACUGCCUGGUCGGAACACAAUUUCUUUUAUAUCAGGUGGGUGGCUAGGUGCAUCGUUUACCUUGGGGAAUAGAUGGCAGCAGGAUGCACUGUGGGAAGAAAGCUGGCUGGUGGAGGUUGUGUUAUGCUCUGGGCAAUUUUCUGCAGGAAAGCCUUGGGUCCUGGCAUUCAUGUGGAUGUUACUUUGACACGUACCACCUACCUAGAGAUUGUUGCAGACCGUGUACACCCAUUCAUGGCAAUAGUGUUCCCUGAUGGCAGUGGCCUAUUUACGCAGGAUAAUGCACUCUGCCACACUACAAAAAUUGUUUAGGAAUGGUUUGAGGAACGUGGCAAUGACUUCACGAUGUUGCAUAUGUGGAAUAUAAUGGAACAACAAAUCCAAUCCAUGGAAGCCCUGCCUCGCAACCUGCAGGACGUAAAGGAUCUGUUACAUAGCUGAAAAGAGACUUGCGUCCAUCAAGUUCAGCCUUCCUUACAUAUGUUUUUGCUGUUGAUCCAAUAAUGUCUUGAUGCCAGUUACUACAGGACACAUUCAGAGGUCGUGUGCAUUCCAUGCCUCGACGCAUCAGAGCUGUUUUGACAGCACAAGAGGAACUUACAAAUUAUUAGGCAGGUAGUUUUAAUGUGACUGAUCAGUGUAUAUAAUGCAUUAAAAAAUGUCUGUUUCCUGUGUAUGUAUUACAACUUUAUUACCGCAAAUUAAGACCCAAAGCAAAAACCUUGUCUCUAUCUAUCAUGGCUUUUACACAACACAUUUUUAUAUUAGUAGCGUAAUGACUUUCAUGUUAAUCUUUUAAUUUCCUAUUAAACAGGCAAAUUAAGAACCAGAUCUGGAAAUGCCUAUUACUUUUACUGUGUACAAAUUUUCUGGUACAUUUCCUAGCUUUUCACCGAUAAGCUUGUAAAGAAAAUAUAAUUUAUAGUACACUGGGUUUUCAUUUAGCUGCCACUAGAUGGCAGUGCACACAUUUGCAAUCAAUCUAUAGCAAAAACUUAUAGGACCUUUCAUAAAUAGCAUGACAGUCAGGUUUUUAAUUUUGUAGACCAUUUUAUCCAUGAUCUUUGCUGUUUGAGCAAAGAGGCAAGCAAAUGUAUAGAUUUGUAAUUAUGUUAGAAAUGUUUACCUCAGCUUAGCAUACUAAAGUAUACUUGUCACUCUCUGAGGUCCUUUAUCUUUAUAAAAUAUUCACUUAAUUUUUUUAAGAUUUUGUUUUUUGAUACAAUUUAAAUUGAGCGUACAAUCUUAACUAUUCAUGUUGCUAGCAGAGUAUAGAUUAGGAGAAAAAAACUAUUUUUGAUUGACAUGGAACGCAGAAAAGAUCUCCCACAGGAUGUCCUUCUGCUCUCCUCCCGUAGCGUGCGGUUGCUAUAGAAACGUUCUAGCUGGCGCUUCUAGCCCUGGCUAAGGAGUAUAGGAACGUUGCAUUCUAGCAGCGUAGCCAGCGUUCCGUCACUAAUGAGAUAUAUUUUCUUGGGAUGUAUCCCAAGCAGGGCAAAUAAAAAAUUAACUGAGGCGGAGCAGAGGUCAGCCAUGAGAUGGGUGUUACACAAACUGGAGAUAGAACAGAGGAAAUGUGAUUAACUCUAUUUUACAUUGAAUACACAGUGUAUCUUUGUGAUAUAUAGUGCAUACAAUGUAUAUGGGAGCUAUUGCAGGGAAGAUAAAGUAUUCAUAACUGGUUCACUUUAACAUCUGAUUGAAAAUGGAACAAUUUUUAUAUAUAUAUAUAUAUAUAUAUAUAUAUGAAAAACACAGAUAAGGCUUUCUUGCAGUAAUCUACAUGUAAAAAUCCUUUAUAGUUUAGUACCACCAAAAAAAAAAAAAAAAUGGAAAAAAGAAUUGCCAUAGUUUUAUAAUUUGUAAUUUUGUAACUAGUGAAGCCAAAGAAUAUCUGUUCUAUAAUGUCACAUUAAGAAUGGCAGGAGAAAAAAAAUAGCCCCUUAAUAUUAAGAACACUGUAGCUCAGCUGCAAAUCAUUGUCAAGUACAAAAUCAUCAUAAUCAUUGUAAAGUACAGAAAGUAAACCUUGAAAAUUAUUUUAGCAAUAUAAGUUAUGAAUUUAUAUAAGGCACAGUGUGACAAAAUAAUGGCGUUUUAAAUUCUUUAGUUUAUAUUCAAUUUAGCUGCUGGAUACACUCCGUGGGCACAAAUGGGUAAGUGUCUAUGUAGCAAUAGUUGCUGUUUGUACACCUUGAAUUCACUGAUCUAGCGCUGCACUCUAGCUAGGAGCCUGGAAGGUGAAGACACCAACCAGACUCCAAGUUUUAUGUGUCUUUGGUGAUUAUAAGUUCUAAAUUGUUUAGUGACAUCUUGGUGACACUUUGUAUAAUACAACAUAUUGCAACUAGCAGAAGUAGUGGAUCUGGAAUUUUCAAAACCAGGGUUUGAAAAUUGUGACUUGCUAGUAAAACUUUGCAAUCAUUGUGAUUGACUCUCAUGGCAAUCAUACUACUGGGAAAGGCUCUUACUGGAUUUCUCUGGAUUAGCUUACUCACGAAGCAAACAACUCUGAUAAUGCUGUGUCUAGAUCUCCGCAUUUGUUAUAGUUAUAGUUGAAGAGGUUAUUUAAUAUUAAGGCAUGAUAACCAAUUAUGAGCAUGUACAUCUUAUAUCACAAAAGGGUUUAAAGCGGUUUUGAGUGGACAUCUAGUACUCAACAUUUAGACCAAGAAUGUAAAGUCAGGGGAAUGUGUGUUCUUUUUGUCGUAAGGUUUGCAAAUUUUUAAUUUGUAAGAACUACUAGGAACAUGUUUGGUUUCAAACCAGCUUUCCCUUUAACAUUUCUUGUGUGUUCUUUCAGCUAAACUGAAAUUUCAUUUUUUAUUUUCUCUCUCCUUAGGGUUCAUUAAAUACAUACCGAUUUUGUGAUAAUGUCUGGACGUUCGUGUUGAAUGAUGUGGAGUUCAGAGAAGUGACUGACUUGGUGAAGGUGGAUAAAGUAAAAAUUGUAGCCUGUGAUGGAAAAAGUAAGUGUGUUUUUUAUUUUCUUGUGUUUUUAUUUAUUUAUUUUUUUGGGUUGUGAAGGAUUUGGACAUUAUCCUGAUGUUUUUUGUGUUCCUUUUUUUUAUUAUUAUUAUUAUUCUAUGGCAUUUACUGGAUAUAUGAGAGGUAAUCUAGCUUUUUGCAGUUCUGAAUGCUCCUCCGCCACUGCUUAUGUGAGUAGUUUCAGAUGGUCUGCCUAGGUUUUUGCUUUAUUGAUUGGCUUGAGAAUCACAAUAAACUCAUUGCAGUCUGUCUGAUGUGCUAACUUUCUUUACCUAAGCUUAUGCCAAAAGACUAUUUUGUAAGUUUAAUAUGUGUUAUCAAAAAUAGGGUAUAAGGGGGAACUCAAGAGUCAGUGGUGCUGGUAUUGGAGAUUAGGACCCCAAACUCUCUAUAUAGACAAUACCACAAAAAAUAGAUGGAUUUAGGAAUGCAAAAACGUGCAGUGUAGGUGAUAAUAUAUAAGAAAAGAACUAAGUGACUUACCAAUCCGUGUUGUGAUCCACUAUGUACCCGAACCCGGAAAUGCUCACGCGGGACACGUGACACGUGACUACCACAGUGCGUGGUGACAUAGGACGCUAUAAACAUGUAAUACCAAAAGUGCUAAGAUACAAUUGGUCUAUUACUGUGAUUAUAAAAAGUGCCAACAUCAGGUGUAAAUGUAGUGAAGUGAUAUGAUAUGAAAGAUAGAAGAUGUAACUAAGCCCAAGAAGGACAAUACAAAAAUGUAUAUACAGUACAUGUAGAAACCAAUACAUCUGCCCAAUAAGGAAAGAGAGAAAGAUAUGUGAGAGAAAACUGUCAAAACCGUGUGGUUGACAAGUAAAACAAAAUGUGCUUACGUGAAUGAAACCCCCAUCACUAUAAGGCAGAGAUGUGACUAUAUGUACAAGUUAAUAUACAUUGUAGAUUUUAGUGCGGUGUAAGUAACAGGGACCUACACCUGUAAGUGGAGCGCUCAAACACAUAUACAGCUUACCAAACGUUAUUUCAUUCAAUGAUGCAGUAUAAAGUUCAUGUGAAGAAAAAUACAAAAAAGUACAAUAUAGUGCAGAUGGUAUUUAAAGUGGCAAUGCAAUAAUUAUAAUGAUGUCAUGAUGAAUUGUACACUCACAUUUCAAGGAGCCUGUAUAUAGAAACACUGGCUCCGUAUUGAGGCUUGUGUGCUUAUAAUGGUAGCACCACCCUUCUACUUCGAUUUGGAGUAAUUCACAAAGAUUCACAGGUCCCUGUUACUUACACCGCACUAAAAUCUACAAUUUUGUUAAGUGGAAUAGAGGAUAUUUCCACACAAGUGUAUAGAGCUGCCUGUAAAUCACUUUCAUCUUUUAAGCACUUUGUUACACACACCCCUCUGUAAAAAGAGGUUACCUUUGAUUGGUAUUAAGUUAAUAUACAUAUUUACAAAAAAUAUUAAGGUAAGCUAUCUAAUCAGAAGCAUACUUUACAAUUCAUACAAAAGUAGUUAUCUGGACAAAAACACAAGUUAACUUAAGCAGGGCUGGAGCACUAAAUGCCAUUCCGAGCCAUAUAAUGAAAAAAGAGAAUUUGAAUGUAUCUACUUCAAAAAUAUGGUCUUACAAAAUACAUAUGAGCUCAAAUAUACUGAGCAUACAGUCUACUAGCUAGGGCAACUGACAUAAGCUAGAUGCAGGAAGAGACCUCAUCUCGCCAUAGCAACAAAUAAUGAAUGUAUAUAACGUAUACUAAUCUUGGGGGUGGGGGGGAGGCAUGAUCUAAUGACCAACAAUAUAAAUAUCAACAACGUGGACUACUUUUGAACAUAUUAGUUCUUAAGGAGAGCUAUUCAGCUUGAAUGAAAAAUUAGGUGAUGCACUAAAUAAAAAAAUAAAUAAAAAGUUUAAGAAAACAACUUUGAAAAACUGCACUUUGAUCUUGAGAAAGACCCCGUGAGGGUCGAAAUGUUGAUCGGGACUGUUUGUUCGUUAUGUAAAGAAGACACCUAAGUAAAUAUCUACUAUUUGAAAAUUUCCUUGAGUGCGCCUUCAUUUUUCUUUUUAUAUUUAUAUUACGUGGUGUGCACCAGGGUAUCAUUAUGUUUUUUUAUAUAUAAUGCAACACACAGUGGCGAUAUUCUGAUACUUGCAAACCUCCCAUUUUCUGUGUAUAUUCAAGUUUUAUUUUUUUGUUUCCUUUCUCUUAAUAGAUACUGGUUCAAACACUGCUGAGUGAGCAAAACAAGACUUUUUUUAUUUAUGGUUCCUGAUGGUCUGCGGCCUUUCACACAAAUUCAUGGACACGACUGUUUAUUUCACUGAUACAUCUGGGGAAAGUUACAUAUGAGAUUUUGGUAGUUGAUCUCCCACUCACAUUCUAGUACACAGAAGGUUACUAUAAAAACUUUUUUUAAUGCAAGUAUGGAGUUGCCUUUUUUGUUUUUGAAAUAUGUUUAAUAAGCUUUUAUUUAAUAAACAUGCUAUAAAAAGAA